AUAUAUAUAUUUCCCGGUUAGUGAAGUCUUAUAUGGAAAGACAAUAAUACUCGGAAUGUAACGCUUCACCAAACUUCUAUUACAUACAUACAUACUUACGACUACUCAUUUGCCAACUGAUUAAAUUAAAUCCUCUGCCCAUUUUUCUUUCAAAAGAUUGUUUUUUUUUUUAAGACAAAAAUGGUGUUUGGCGUGCGGGCUCUUCUUCUUCUUCUCUCUUUGUUUCUGGGUAAUUAUGGUGUCGAGGGAAUUGGCCACGCCUCCGUACGUACUGAGAGGAUUUCAGGAAGUGCUGGUGAUGUUCUUGAGGAUAAUCCGGUCGGGAAAUUGAAAGUUUAUGUAUACGAACUUCCAAGCAAAUACAACAAGAAGAUUCUGCAGAAAGAUCCACGUUGUCUAGAAGAGAAAGCUGUAAAAAGAGGCAUUCUUCCAUUACUUAAACGUGCUACCUUGGUUCAGACAUUCGGACAACGUAACCACGUUUGUUUGAAUGAAGGUUCGAUAACAAUACCACCGUACGCACCCCCAGAGAAAAUGCAGUCUCACUUGAUUCCACCCGACACUCCAAGAUCCAUCUUUGUCUAUUUCCGUGGUCUGUUUUACGAUGUCAACAACGACCCUGAAGGCGGUUACUAUGCCAGAGGGGCAAGAGCGUCCAUAUGGGAGAAUUUCAAGAACAACCCACUAUUCGAUAUCUCCACAGACCACCCAACCACGUACUACGAAGAUAUGCAGCGUUCGGUUUUCUGUUUAUGCCCUUUAGGGUGGGCCCCGUGGAGUCCGAGACUAGUGGAAGCCGUCAUAUUUGGUUGUAUUCCGGUUAUAAUAGCAGACGACAUAGUAUUACCGUUUGCUGAUGCUAUUCCGUGGGAGCAAAUUGGUGUGUUUGUAGCGGAGAAAGAUGUCCCGUAUUUAGACACUGUCCUAACAUCUAUCCCAGUUGAAGUUAUUCUAAGGAAGCAGAGGUUACUCGCAAAUCCUUCGAUGAAACAGGCAAUGCUAUUCCCACAACCUGCACAAUCGGGAGACGCUUUCCACCAAAUCUUGAAUGGGUUGGCUCGUAAACUACCGCACGAGGGGAGAAUAUUCUUGAAGCCCGGUGAGAAGAUUCUGAAUUGGACUGCUGGACCAAUUGGGGAUCUCAAGCCUUGGUAAAUAUAUAGAGGAGUGCAAAUUUCCACUUUAUCCGAACAUAUGAAGCAAGAUUGCGUGCUCGUGGCUGAAAUAGUUUGUUUCGUACGUACAAAUGUGUUGGAGGAAUGUGAUAAUGAUUGGAUGCUAGUGUUUGAAUUCUUCGUUCUAAAGCAUAGUAUUCGAAAGAGAUGUAGUAGGGAUAGGCAUGGAAUUUCAUGGUUCUAUUGAAUUGAACAAUUUUUUAUUAAGGGUGUGGACGGUACGGUUUGCUUCGAUUUUGAGCUAAAAUCGAACACUACUCGAUACAAUUGGUUUCUAGGAAAUGAAAAACCAUGAAUGUCGGUGUCAUUUGGUUUUAGUUCAUUUGACU